GAGUUCAAGAAGCUGUGAAAGCAAAGAGAGACAUUUUCUUCCUCCAGGCUUGAGGAGACACUCCGAAAAGAGAUGAAGAAAACGCGUUUCCGGUUUCUCCGUCCUCUUCGCUUGCUCAACUGUCUGGUCUCCCGCCUCUCUUGUUUCGUCUCCUAUCGUCGUCUUUCUCCUUGUCCACUUCUCGCCCUCGUAUUGUAUCUCCCCACAAUUCAAGCUCUCUCUUUCUCUCGCUUCUCCCCCUGCCUCUCUGAGGGUACCGGUCUCCUUUUUCUUUUCUUCUCGCUGUCACUCCAGCUCCCUGGAGUGUCUCCUCUGCGUCGUUCUCCACCAGCUAUCUGCCCUGCUCUUUCGCAUGAACUUCCUUUCUUCCUUUUCGCCCCUUCUCGGCUCUGGGGCCGACAGAUCUCCUCAGCCCUCGUGUGUCUCUUGCACAACAAGAGAAAGAGUCCGUUUUCUCCUCGAAAAGCUCCCUACUCGCGGCUCUCGUCUCUGCAUAUGUUUCUCCGGAAUUCGCAAAAACGCAUUCACACUGCCUCAUACAACAUGCUAUAAAACGACCCUCCGUCGUUCCCCUCUUCUCUCUUCUCUCUUCUCUUCUUCUCUUCUCUCUUCUCUCUUCUCUUCUUCUCUUCUCUCUUCUCUUCACCUUCUCUCCUCUUCUCUUUAUCCCUUCCUCUGCUCUUCGUCGUCCUUUCGUACUGGUCUUCUCUUUCGCUCUUCUGCUGUCGACCUCUUCUUCCCUCCGUUGACUUGUUGUCCGCCGUGUGAGCUCUGCCGUCCGCGAGGUCCUUCUUCAGAGGAGGUUCUCUGCUGUCGCGUCCCUCUUGUUCUCUCUUUCGCUGUCUUCUCGACUUUCGCCUGCCGAUCGAGAACGUUCUUGUCUUCUGCUCUGGCUCGCGCCUCUUUCCUCGUGGCUGCAGUGUCUCUGCUCUCUUGAAUCUGCAGUUUCUCGUUUCUCUGCAUGCCGGAAACGAGGAGAUGGGCCAGGCAGCGACAAAGUCCGGCGUCGUCAUCUGGGGCGCGCCCGAGACAACGGCGCUGCUGAGCGCAUCCGGUCCUGGGUCCGCGGCGUCCUCGGGCGUCUCUCCACCUGCGGCUUCACUGUCUUCUGCGAGUGCGAAUGCGUCACCUCUCGCCGGCUCGGCGCCGGCCGCAACGCCUCUGGGCGGGGAGUCUUCUUCUUUUUCUGCCUCUCCGGCGCUGGCCGUCUUCGCGGAGACCAGCGAAGAGAUGGCUUCUCCAAGACUCGUGGAUGCGCUGAAAAACAUCAACAGUGAAAGAGUCUCCGCGGGAGGCAUGCAGAUGGCCGUCGUCGCCCACAGCGGCGAGCUGUACAUGUGGGGUGCGAACAGCGAGGGACAGCUGGGGACAGGAGACAGAAGAGACGCAUCCGUCCCCAGACUCGUCAAGGCCCUUCACGGGAAGGUCGUCAAGGCGGUGGCUUGUUCGCAAGAGCACACGGUGUGUUGCCUCGACGACGGCAGCGCCUACGCCUGGGGCUGCGCCCUGAACGGGCGCCUUGGGCUCCACGGGCUCUCGAUCCCGUCGUCUGCAGGCCUAGGUGUCUUCUCGCCGGCCACGGGCGCGAGGCCCGAGCCGCUGGCCUCCGCCUGCGCUGUAUGUACACCCCGCGUCCUGGAGAGUCUCUGCGGCUACUUCAUCGCCGACGUCGCAUGCGGGCCGUACCACUCCGCGUUUCUCGGGAUCUACGAACAAGACAGAACGUCUCUGUUCACCUGUGGCCUCGGACUCAAUGGAAGACUCGGACAUGGCGACGAAGAGGACCGACACUUGCCAACUGCCGUGCAUGCACUGGAGAAUGUGAAUAUCACAGCUAUCGCAUGCGGAGCCCACCACACAGCCUGCGUCACCUCUGCGGGGACUCUGUACACCUGGGGCGGCGCAGCGUUUGGUAAACUUGGCCUCGGUUCCACGCGAGGUUCGCAGCUGCUGCCGAAGCAUGUGAGCGGCCCUCUGAGAAACAAGGCGGUUGUUUCCGUCGCACUCGGAUCUCAGCACAGCGCAUGCGUCACAACAGACGGGGAGCUGUACACCUGGGGUCAAGGCCGCCGCCUGGGUCACGAGGUUCAAGGGGAAUCUGACGAGAUUCUUCCGCGGCGCGUGGAGGCGCUCCUUGGUCUCUUCGUCAUCCACGUCGUUUGCGGAGACGCCCACACUGCAUGCAUCGUCGAAAACGGCAACGUCUGGGCAUGGGGCACCAGCAGGAUUCUCGGCCACGGUGACCCUGAGGUGCCUCCGAAUCGACCUGCCUGUCUCCGCGCGCUGAAUGGCAAGGGCGUCGUCCAACUCUCCUGCGCCUCCACGUUCACUGUUGCCUUCUGCGACCCCCAGCGCGUCUCAGCUAAGGCUACAGCGGCUGCUGCUGCCGACGUCGCCGCCUGCGCCGCGGGUGUCUCCGUUUCCGACGCGUUGGGCUCCAGUGGCGCGGCAUCCGUCGAGGCGCCCGCGCUGCUGAAGCCCAGCGCGAGUGGAGAGAAGCGCGACGCUGGCGCCGAGUCGGGCACCCUUCGGAGCUCCACGAAAGGAGACGAAGAGGCUCUCGCAACCUGUGCUGGAGUCGACGCGGGUGGAGCCAGUCUGCGGCCGCGAGGCGCGAGCGCUUGCCGAAAGACAGGCUCUGCAGCUUUUUCAGCGUUUCCUCGAGUGGCUGGCGAUGCUGACGUAAGCGGGGCGACUGCUGGACGGGCGGAGCUCGAGGCCUUGGGCUCCACGACCGCGGUCACGGCUCCAUCCGCCGCGGGGCGACUGUCUCCGUUGCCCAGCGCAGAGCGCGACGAGCUUCUGUGCGAAGUCGGAACCAUUAGCGCCGCCCUCCAAGCAGCCCAACAGGAAAAUCUGCUUCUGGUUGCACUCCUCAGUGGCACAGCACAGCAACUCCGCGAGGUCCUGCAGCGCAACGCCCUUCUGGAGAGGGAGCUCGACGCCAUGCGAAAAAGCUCUUCGGACGCGGGGGACCGUCUGGCGACUCUCCGAGAGCACUACAUGCAGCAGAUUCAGCAGCUGCAGGAGCAGCUCGCUCAACAGGACACACGCCUGCAUGCCAUUCUCGCCUCGAGGGGAUCUCAGUUGCUGUCUUCUCAAGGCCUCCUGUCGAGAGCCUUUGCGCGCCCUCUGCCUUCCUCUGGGGCUUCGCCGCCGCUCUCUGCAAGUUCCUCAGCGCCCCUCGCUGUCUCCGCCGUGGAUCCCGGCGGGCAGGCCUUCACGCCCUCGAGCCGCGCUUCGGGCGCAGUCGCGCCGGGAGUCUCUGGGGCACCGGAAGCCCUGACGGCGCUGCCUGAGGAAACGCUGGAAGAGGCGCUUUUGGAUCCUCUCGGCCAGCAGCCACCGCCCUCGCGAUUUCUCUCUUUCCCCUCCUCGCCAGCUUUCCUCCCCUCCCAGGGGGUCUCCCCGGGCGGCGCCUCCUCGCCCCGCGCGGCCAGAGCGGCUUCGGGCGUGUUGGGCUCCACGUCGCCUGGGGCGUCCGGGAGCCCGGAGACGCCACCAGAGGCGCAGGGCCGCAGCUCGAAGCUGCUCCGGCAGGCGCUGGGGCUCGGAGAGACUCCUUUCUCCGCGCAUGGUUUGCGUGUGGGGCGGGAGGGGCGCAAACGCGGUGGCUCGCUGGCUCUCUUCAAGAGUCGAGGACGAGACUUCCUCUCGCAGGGCCUUUUCGCAGACGAAGCCGCGGCGCCGUCUCCUCUGGACGCGAAGAAAGGAGAGAACAAUGGCCUCGCUCUCGUGCCAUCGCAAGGAGAUCCUUCCUGGGCGUCGCUGCUCCUCACCAGCUCGGUCGACAGCGGCGCGAGCGCGAGGAGACACCUCUCUCUGGAGCCCUCAAGUGUCUCCGGACGCAGUCGCGGCGGCGCUCGAGACAAGAGCGGAGGCUUGGAGGGACGGAGUCGAGGAUCGUCUCAGAGUGCCAGGGUGGUAACAGAGGGAAGCUCGAUUCCGGUUUUCUUUCUUGAAGAAGAAAUGUAGCAGAAGGAGAAAUGAAGCAUGGCCGAAGGAACAACCAACAUCGCUGAGACUUUUCGGCAACGUAAAGAGGCCCCCCUUUAAAGCCGUCCAUGUACAAGGGAGAGAAGAAAACAAUCUCAUCUGAAAAAGAGGGAGGCCAGGCCUCCAGCGGAAGGAGGGAAGAGCGAAUGUUCUACAUAUAGAGAGAUCAGCUUUUCUCGUUCUUCGCUUCUUUCCUCGUUCUUCCCUGUCUCUUCUUUCCUCGUCUUCCCUAUUCUCUUCUCUCGCUUUGUUUCUUCGCCCAUCGCUCUCUCGCUUUCAGCGGCUCUGUUCUGGAUGCAGCAACUCAAGUGAAAAAUGUGUGUCUCAGCCUCUCCUUUCUCAUGCUUUGCGCAUGUCUCUUUUCGCAAGCGGC